CGUCGUGCUUUCGAAAUUGGGCUCCAUUUAUUCCAAAGCCUGCAGCAAGCAGACAGAGGGAGUGGUAGAGAGAGAGAGAGAGAGAGAGUGAGAGAGCGGAGAGAUGGGUUCCAUGGCGCUCCUCCGUCCCUUGGCCUGCGUCCUCGUCCUCCUCUGCUCGUCGGUCGGGGCAGCGAAUGGGAUGUAUCGUAGAGCUGGCGGCGAUGAGGGGGAGGAAGCGGGCGGCAGGGUCACCGGCGGCGCCCGCGGCGGCGUCAGGAGCGCGUGGCCGGGGUACCUCUACACCAGAGCCGUCGGGCGGUGCACACCCCAGUUCUGGAGCAGCGGGGUUGAGCAAUGGCCCAACAUCGUCCCCCAGGAGGCGGCGGUGUCCAAGGUGUUCGGGUCCAGGUCCAUGGACAAGUACGGGCCGCGGCUCACCCUGCUGGAGGCCACCAUGAGGACGGACGAGGACGGCAGCCCCUUCGUGAAGCUGGUGAAGCACGGGAGCGCGGCGCUCAUCAACGCCUACACGCGGACGGGCUUCCCCUUCGACUCCUGGGAGGUGAAGGCGCUGCUGCUGGAGGCGCUCGUCUCCGAGGACGCCGCGGCCGCCCAGGCCGAGCGGUUCCAGCAGGCCAACGAGUCGUGUGUCUGAAUCCCAUGGUAUGUAUCAACAGAAAUGCAGAAUGGCACGUGUUGGUGGUAGGUCACCGCUUCUGUGACUUGGGAGGGAGAUCUCAAGCAGUGUUCCCAUUCGCGGUUGGCAUGUUUCUUGGAUGCCUGCGGGUUGUUUGAAAUGGUGAAGUGUGACUUGCACUCUGCACACGAUUGACUGCUGGACGAUGUGUGCCCGACGGGAGCAGGAGCCACACAGAUUAAAAAACCCAGCUAAUCCUACGGUCUACCUGACUUGUCGUCUGUGGGUCGUGCGUAUCCGUCGUGUGUAUAGCAGUGCUCUUUGUGCAAUGUGCGUAGCCUGUAGCUGUAGUAGUGGAGUGUGCCAUCGUGCAAGACUGCGAUCUGGUUGGAUGGAUGGAGCGUUUUAUGUCGCCGUGUCGUGUUUCUAUGCUGCUAAUGACUUUUUUACAAGGAU